UAUUCGUCUUUAUAUGUGACAAAUGGCAAGCAUCUAAAAUAAAGUUACACUGAAGAAACUAUUACGACGUGCAAAAGUUGAAACAUUUACAGUUACAUGACAAUUUGUGGAAUAUAAAGUGUGACAGUGACAGAAUUAUUCAAAGAAUUCCAAAAAUGAGUUUUUUCAGCAAAGUUUUUGGGGGAAAGAAGGAGCCCGUAGCUCCAACAACUACGGAAGCGAUACAAAAAUUGCGUGAAACAGAGGAUAUGCUCAUUAAAAAACAAGAUUUCCUUGAGGGAAAAAUUGAACAGGAGAUCAUAACAGCGAAGAAGAAUGGUGCUAAAAAUAGGAGAGCUGCAAUUCAAGCCCUUAAACGAAAGAAGCGAUAUGAGAAACAAUUACAACAGCUCGAUGGCACAUUAUCAACAAUUGAGAUGCAGAGAGAAGCGUUGGAAAGCGCAAACACUAAUACAACUGUAUUACAAACUAUGAAAAAUGCCGCUGACGCCCUCAAAGCUGCUCAUCUUCACAUGGAUGUCGAUCAAGUACAUGACAUGAUGGACGAUAUUGCUGAACAGCAAGACGUUGCUAAAGAAAUAUCUGAUGCCAUAUCCAAUCCAGUUGCCUUUGGUCACGAUAUCGACGAGGAUGAGCUUGAGAAAGAGCUCGAGGAAUUGGAACAGGAGGCACUUGACGAGGAAUUACUGGGUGUUGAAGGAACUUUCGAGCUCCCCGUUAUUCCGGGCUCAACCGAACCUGUGGCACCACCUAAAAAGACAAAAGGAAAAGCAGUGGAAGAAGAUGAGGACCUUAAGCAAUUGGAAGCGUGGGCCUCGUAAGCAUGGUGAAUCAUCUAAAUUUGAAAAUAUUCUGUUGUCAGCUUAAGAAAUUGAUAAAAUAUACGUUUACCAAAACUUUCACCAGCAUCUAGGAUGAAAGGAACUCAAAUAUCCCGGAUUUCUUAGUAAAAACUCGGGUAUUAGUUUUAAUCGAUAAACAUUGGGUCAAUUGUAUUCAAAACGUCGAAUUAUUCCAGUAAAUUAUUAUUAUUAAGCUUAGUAACAAUCUUUGCCUGGUGUAAUUAACCGUACAUGCAAAAGCAGAUAUAUUUUCUCAUUGGAAGAAACAAAAAAAAAAAACAAUAAAAUAACGAGCAAUAUUAUUCUCAUGAUUUCUAUGUUUUUAUGUCUAAGUAAUCAGUAAUAAACAUCUGUUGGAUAUAAUUUUGUUUUCGCA